UAACAAAGGGGGAGGGGCGGUGUUUUAGUUUCAGAAGGAAACGGACGGUGCGGAUAAAGCAACACUCUCUCCGAAUCUCUCAUCCCAGUCGUCUCCUAUCUCCUCUCUUCUCCAGCGUCCGAUCUUCCUUGUUUCAGGAAAAAAAAAAAGGAAAAAGAAGUCGCUCCCAGCGCGCCAAAUACAAAUACGAGGAAGAGGAGAAUGGCGGAGGGACCGGCGAGCCCUGGCGGUGGGAGCCACGACAGCGGGGGAGGCGAUCAGAGCCCUCGAUCCAAUGUCCGAGAGCAGGACCGAUUCCUGCCGAUCGCCAACAUCAGCCGCAUCAUGAAGAAGGCUGUUCCCGAUAACGGGAAGAUCUCCAAGGACGCCAAGGAGACCGUUCAGGAGUGCGUGUCCGAGUUCAUCAGUUUCAUUACCAGCGAGGCGAGCGAUAAGUGCCAGAGAGAGAAGAGGAAGACAAUUAAUGGUGAUGAUUUGCUCUGGGCGAUGGCCACCUUGGGUUUUGAAGAGUACAUCGAGCCGCUGAAGGUGUACUUGCAGAAGUUCAGAGAGCUGGAGGGUGAUACUAAAGGACCUGCCAAGGCUGGCGAUGGAUCUGGCAAAAAGGAUGUGCUUGCAGUUCAGCCUGGCCCUAGCAACCAGAUUGCUCAUCAGGGUUCUUUUACACAAGGAAUGAGCUAUAUGCAUUCUCAGUCACAGGCACAGCAUUUUAUGGUUCCCAUGCAGGGAACUGAUUAGCUUGGUGCCCUCUCAGGGCACUUUCUGUCAUAGAAAUCCAUGGCAGAUCUGGCAUCAGCACCUUUUAUAUCAAAGGGACUUUCUUAUGACCUCGUUGCUUUCAUCACUGGAGAGCAAAUUCUUCAUCUGUUUUUUUUUUUGCCCCCUUUUUUUAGGUUUGUAUAUCUCUCUUCCUUUAUGCAAGAAUCCUUUGAAGUGGCUUGGAAAACCAUGGAUCACAUUUAUAGCUUUGUUAUUUCUGCCCUCCAUGUAUAACAUACCAGACCGGUGUGAUUUACUUUUUCCAUUUUAUGAAGCUGACUAUAGAAUGAUGAAUUGAAUGCAAUAUAGGUUCUUCAAAUACAAGGUUGAAAUUCUCUUGAA